GUGAUACUGGCCAAGGAGCAAGAACAUGGAUAAAACAAAUUUUGAAUCAAGACAUGGCUUUCCAGCAUAUAAAAGUAAUUUACCCAACAGCUCCUGCCAGGCCUUAUACACCUAUGAAAGGAGCCUUUUCCAAUGUGUGGUUUGACAGACAUAAGAUCUCUAAUGAUUGUCCAGAACACAUUGAAAGUAUUGAUUCUAUGUGCCAGGUUCUUACAGACUUGAUCAACGAUGAGAUUAAAAAUGGCAUUGCAAAGAACAGGAUACUAAUAG